AUGUUAAAAAAUCCAGGAGCUGUUUUGGUUUUUAAACCAAACACUAAAAGAGAAGAAGGAAGGAAAACUCAGUUAUCAAAUAUACAAGCUAGCCGAGCAGUUAGCGAAAUUAUAAAAACUACAUUAGGGCCUAUGGCUAUGCUUAAAAUGAUGUUAGACCCAUUGGGAGGAAUUGUAAUAACUAAUGAUGGAAAUUCUAUUUUAAGAGAAGUUGAUGUAGCACAUCCAGCUGCUAAAUCUUUAAUAGAACUAAGUAGAUCACAAGAUGAAGAAGUUGGUGAUGGUACAACUUCUGUUGUCAUAUUAUCAGGAGAGUUAUUAAAUAUAGCUGAAACUUUCCUUAAACAAAACAUUCAUCCAACUAUUAUUGUUAAUUGUUAUAUGAAUGCUUUGAAUUGUUGUUUAAAAUAUUUAGAAGAAAUAGCUAUUGAAGUGAAUAUAAAUGAUGAAAGUAAUCUUUUAAAAGCAAUUGAUUCAUGUUUAAACACUAAAUUUGUAAGUAGGUAUAAUAAAAUUAUUAGUAAAUUAGCUUUAGAAGCAACAUUGUGUGUUAAAAUUGAUAAUAUUAUGGGUAAGAAAGAAAUAGAUAUUAAAAGAUAUGCAAAAGUAGAAAAAAUACCAGGAGGAGAAAUAACAGAUAGUUAUGUACUGAAAGGAGUUAUGAUAAAUAAAGAUAUUACCCAUCCCAAAAUGAGAAGGUAUAUAAAGAACCCAAGAAUUUUAUUGCUAGAUUGUACAUUAGAAUAUAAAAAAGCCGAAAGUCAGACAAAUGUAGAAAUUUUAGAUGAAAACACAUGGAAUCAAUUAUUAUUACAAGAAGAAAUAGAAGUAAAAAAAUUAUGUGAAUAUAUAAUUGAUAGUAAAUGUGAUGUAGUAGUAACAGAGAAAGGAGUAUCUGAUUUAGCUCAACACUUUCUCGUUAAAAAAAAUAUAAGUGUUAUAAGAAGGGUUAGAAAAACAGAUUUAAAUAGACUAGAAAGGAUUAGUGGUGCAACUAUUGUUAAUAGAUGUGAUGAAAUUGUAGAAAGUGAUAUUGGUACAAAAUGUGGCUUAUUUGAAGUAAAAAAAAUUGGAGAUGAUUAUUACUCCUUUUUUAUCGACUGUGAAGAUCCUCAUGCAUGUACUAUUUUGUUAAGAGGAUCAACAAAAGAUGUUUUGAAUGAAAUUGAAAGAAAUUUACAUGAUGGUAUGAAUGUAGCUAAAAAUAUUAUUCUUGAAGGAAAAUUAUUAUGUGGUGGUGGUUGCACUGAAAUGAGAGUUGGACAAAACUUAAUAAAACAAGCAAAAAAUUUUGAUGAUUCAAGAAAAAGUAUAACAGAAGCAGUAGCUAGUGCUCUUGAAAUUAUACCGAAAAUUUUAGCACAAAACUGCGGAGUUAAUGUAGUAAAAACUAUCAAUGAAUUAAGAAUAAAACAUGAAAAUCCAGGAGGAGAAAAAUAUGGAAUAGAUGGAAUAACAGGUGAGAUUAUCGAUGUUUCUACAAAAAAUAUAUGGGAUUUGCUAUCCGUUAAAAAGCAAAUUUAUAAAAGUGCGAUAGAAGCAGCUGCUAUGAUUUUAAGAAUUGAUGAUGUCGUUAGUGGUAUUGGGAAAGAUGAUAAAAAUCAAAAACAUAUUCAAAAUGAAUAUGAAUAA